AUGCCGAACACUGAAGCGAAAGGCUAUGCAGUGUACUCAUUCGAAGUGUUCAGUAAAGAGCACUGUCGCAUUGUAAAGCCGAUACUUGUAAAUCGUUUUAUAAAUGGACGUUUCAUUAACACCGAACUCUUUCCGAAUAAAUUGACGAACUUUCAUAAUUGCAGCCUACGUGUGUUAUCGCGUAAUGUGCCGCCAUUUUUCACAUACCAUAAUGAUACUAAUAGCGGUACGCUAAUAAUGAAAGGUGUUGAGGCGAAAUUAUUGAACGCCCUUGCCGAGCAUUUGAAUUUUCGCAUAGAACCGAUUAUAAGUCCUGCCCAUGAUUGCGGUGAUGUUUAUCCCAACGGUACAAUGACGGGUCCCUACUAUCUACUGGAUCAAAAUCAUGUUGAUGUGCUUAUGGGUUACUUCUUCUAUGCUGCACAUCGCAUUAACUUCUUGGAGGAGGGUCUAUCGUAUUUCACCACCGCUUUGGUUGUUAUUGUUAAGCGACAUCCACCGCCGCCCGACCUCAUGUGGUUGCUGGAUCCCUUUCAGUUGAAUACUUGGCUGGCGCUGCUGCUGAUGAUUGCCACCGUCAUAUUAUUUAUGUGCAUCUUACACUUGCGUUAUCAAUACGGCAAUUGGUUGGACAUAAUUGGCAGCAUUUUCGGCGAACCUCGUGCAGUUUUAACCAGAAAUUACUUAGUACGCUUCGGGAUUACUUUCUGGUACGUCGGUUUUGUAUUUAUCAGCAGCACAUAUCAGGCAAAAUUGUUCGUUUCGUACAAUCGCCCAUCACCAGGCUUGCCACACACCAUAAACGAUUUACAGCGCAAUAAUUAUACAUUUUUGAUACACAACACAAUGAAUCUGACAUAUUGGCUGCCUGACAUGCGUAUACCCAAAAACCGCAUAAAAGGACUUAACUCUUCAGAUGUGAGUUCGGUCUUUGAGGAGCUUUUGAAUUCGACUGGCAAUGUGGCAACACUGGCGACUAUUGCACGUAUGCAUUACUUUGAACGCAAGCGCCAGAUAAUUGGCGUUUUCGAUCAGGUUCCCGAAACGGUGCAACUGCCGGAGAUUUGUGCUUACUUUCAGCAUCAUUCGUACCUUGUAAAGCCUUUCAACAACGUCAUUGCGAUGGUACGCAGUAGUGGCUUAAUUUCACGUUGGUAUGGCAAUGCUCUAACGGAUUCCAAUGGACCGUUGAAAAUACAGCGUGGUGGUAAUUCCAAAAGUUUGGAUUUGGAAAAAUUUGGCAUUGUUUUCUAUUUACUUUUUGGCGGUGAACUUAUUGCUUUUAUUGUAUUUUUCUUAGAAAUAAUAAUUGCACGUUAUAAGAAGUAA